AUAGGAUGUAAAAACUAACAGUAACUUUUAUCAGUACUGCACAUGCAUGAUCAUAAGCAGAACUGGCACCAAAAUCACGGAGAGAAGAAAGUAUUUCUUGCUAGAUUUUCAUAUUUUUGUUAGGUUUAAACAUGCAGAUAAACUGUUAGUGUUGCAGUUAUGCCUGUUCAAAUUAAGUAGACUCCACUCACAGAGGCUCAGCUCUUAGGCACGCUGCUUCCCGCCCAUUGCUUCAGGAUCCUCCCCGCCUCUCUACCGUUUCAUGGGCUUUCAUAAUACCAGGCAUUACUCAAGUCGCCAGCAUAGGGACUAGCUGUCCUCGUGGUUAGUCUGCUUAAUACAAACGCAAAGAGGAUCGGCUUGUCUCCACCAGCCGCGCACUCUGAGCUGAAGGCAAAUUUCUUGCCAGAGAAGAAGAGGCCAGGCAUUCAUUACAGCUUCACUGGUGUCCAUACUCUUCGUCAGCCGGAGCCAGUAUGCAGGAAGAGUCUAAGCAAAGAAGAAUGACCAUGGACUUUUCCCAGCUGCACACAUACACGCCUCCACAGUGCGCUCCAGAGAACACCGGCUAUACUUAUUCUCUCAGUUCAAGUUACUCCACUGCAGCAUUAGAGUUUGAGAAGGAGCACCAGAUUGCUCCUGUGUACGAGUCGCCUAAGAUGUCACGGCGGAGCCUGCGUCUGCAGAACAGUGCCAGUUAUUAUGGUACGGAGAGUGGGGCUGAUUACUCGCAGAACCACACAAGCAGCUAUACCAGCACCAGGAAGGAGGGACGGACGUCACGAAGCAGAAAGCAGCAGUCUACGUCCAGUUCCAUGUCGUUAUCCCUGAGCCAAAUAGCAACACCAAGACAAACCCUGUCCUUCUCAGCUGCUAGUACCCCGAUCGACAGCAGCAGAACCACUCAUGAAAGCGACAGAACGUCUGACGUCUCACUGCUGGCGUCGGCUCAGGAUCAAUCUCAGCAAUCUCUGAGGCAGCGCAGAGUAACCACCACCACGACUACCACAACCACUACUGUGGAUGGACAGUGGGGGCAGCGCUCCAGCCACAGUUCAUCUAACAUCAAUGGAGAUGCCAGCGUUUCCAAGUCCCACGCCUCGCUACCUAACGGUUACAUCUGCAAAGAUUGUUCAUUUCACUCUCAGAAAACGGACUCCCAUAUCACACAGUCAUCAUUAUCCUCAUCGCCCUGCCAAACAGCGGAACUCUCCACUGAUGUCCUCUCCUCCGUAUCUUCACCUUACACAAGUAUUUAUACCAGGGACAGAAGUCGAAGGAACAAGACGGGUGUCCUGAUGUCAAUGGGGAACUCAUGUAUGCACUACAGCAAAAAAGCCCUGGCUCCCAUCGCGUCGUUAGUCUCCAUCUUCUACAGCAGUUUGGUCUGGCUGGUUACAAAGACCAGGAGCUCAGCAGGAAAAGGGGUUUCGUCGGAUGUGUCAGCAGGUGUCCAGGCCUCGUUCUCAGACUCCUGGAGACAAGCCUGGUCCUCCUCUUUGUCCAACCUGUGGCUAUUUAGGCAGACUGCCCUCCACAGGAUGAUGGGCUCCAAGGUGUAUGGCUUUGAAGAACAAGGUCACUCUAGCUUCUGUGGAAGCAUGAACGUGAAGGAUCUGGUGACGGAAGAAACCUCCCAUCUUAAUCUCAAUGGCUCCCUAUGUGAUGACUGUAAAGGAAAGCAGUACACUGAGUCUCACACGGUCGUCCUCACACAGACCUCUAGGUCAAGGCGCUUCAUGGGGGCGCUGUGGAGCCUCCUAGCUUAUGCAGGUUCCUGUCUGCUGCAGCCUGGUCACUGUGUGCUUGGGGCUGGUAAAGCUUUAGGUUCAGGAGUUACCUCAGCAGCACAGAGGCUCCUCUCAUUCUUCUGGAUGAUCGUAGCAACCCCCGUGAAGGCAGGAAAGGGACUGCUGUGGUUUCUCGCAACAGGAUGGUACCAGAUGGUGUCUUUCAUGUCUUUCCUCAACGUCUUCUUUCUGACUCAAUGCCUUCCCAAACUCUGGAAGCUCCUCUUGCUCCUUCUGCUCCUUCUGCUUUUAUGGUGGUGGCUUCCGUCCGCCGCUGCUCUGCUUGCCUACCUUCCAGCCAUAAACCUCACUGAGUGGCGUUCUAGAUCCUCAUUCACCUACUUCUCGAACUUGGCUGCUGUUCCUGCUGCUGUCCCUGCAACAGAGUCUCCCAUGGAGCAGGCUCAUGUCACUCCAGUCUCCCAAGCAACACCAAUCCUUCCCCCAGUCGGCGUCCACAGUACGGUGGACUUGGAGCGUCUCGAACGUGUUGAGCAACAGCUGGCGUUGUUGUGGGACAAAGUCCAGCAGGGAGACCAGAAGCAGGAUCAGCGUCACAGUGACAUUCUGGGUCUCUACAGCUCCCUGAGAGAGCAGCUCCACAGUCAGAAUGAGAGGGAGAGCUUUGAGGUGUGGGUGUCGUCUCUGAUAGAGCAGCGGCUGGGGGUGCUGCGAGGAGAGCUGGAGCAGGAGAGCAAAAACAGAGCACAGGGUUUAGAGCUGCAGAAAGAGCAACAUGAUAGUCAGUCAUCACGUCUGGCUGAUCUGGAGCUGCUGCUCAAGGCUUUGGCAACCAAGACUGAGGAGAUGCAACAGAACCAACAGAAGUAUGAGCAGAAGAGGGAUGAAAGGGAGAAAGUUUCUAAAUCUGCUGCAGUCUCACCUCCUGUCAGUGUGAGUGUGAAGCAGGAGGACCAUGAUGCUUUGCUGCUUGAGGUGCAGAGACUUGAAGCAGAGCUGGGUAAAAUCAGGGGGGACCUGCAGGGCGUGGCAGGAUGUAAGGGCAAAUGUGAGCAGCUGGAUGGACUGCAGGAGACUAUAUCUGGUCAAGUUUCCUUGCAGCUGAGGAAAGAGCUACAGUCUCUGUUCUUUGGCAGAGGUUCAUCAGCAGAGCAGCAGGGGGAAAUCCCUGAAUCUCUGAUUCAAUGGCUGUCACAGCGUUAUGUGAGCACGCCCGACCUGCAGGCGGCUCUGGCCUCCAUCGAGCAUAGCAUCCUGAAAAACAUAUCAUUACAACUGGAGCAAAGCCAAGCUCAGACACUAAACCAAGCCGAGACCAGGACCAGAAGCAUCGUUCAGACGCUAACGGGGACGGUUCAGCACACGUCUACAGCGGAGGGCCUCUCUGAGGAGCAUGUGAAGCUGAUUGUUCAGAACGCCCUGAAGCUUUACUCCCAAGACCGGACAGGUCAGGUGGACUAUGCCCUGGAGUCUGGAGGUGGUAGCAUCCUUAGCACCCGCUGCUCUGAGACGUAUGAGACAAAAACGGCCCUGAUGAGUUUGUUCGGCCUGCCGCUCUGGUACUUCUCCCAGUCUCCCCGUGUUGUCAUCCAGCCUGAUGUGUAUCCUGGUAACUGCUGGGCGUUUAAAGGCUCUCAAGGUUAUCUGGUGAUCAGGCUAUCCCUGAGGAUCCUGCCCACAUCCUUCUGUGUGGAGCACAUCCCCAAGGCCCUCUCUCCCACAGGAAACAUCACCAGUGCUCCACGCAACUUCACUGUCUUUGGUUUAGAUGACGAGUACCAAGAGGAGGGAACACUGCUUGGGGACUACACAUAUGAGGAGGAUGGCGAGGCUUUGCAGAUCUUUCCUGUUAAGGAGAAAAACGAGAAAUCUUUCCAGAUUAUCGAGGUGCGGGUUCUGUCUAACUGGGGUCAUCCAGAAUACACGUGCUUGUACCGCUUCAGGGUCCACGGAGAACCUCGUCCCGAAUGAAGCAACCAGCAGCAGACACACUAAUAAAGCUACAUAACACCCCACCUGUAUAUAACUCCCGCCAGCUUCUUUGAAACAGAGGGGACCUCACAGUGUGGACAGUUUGGUAUGAAAGCCAUGAAGACAGAGACAUUGUGGACGUAAAAGAAAUGUGGCGAGAUGGAAUGAAAAGUAGGUUUAUGAAACGCUGAAAUAAUCACAGGGAUGUUUGUGUCUGGACUGUAAAGGAUCGCAGCAAGAAAUGGAACCACAGAAGAAGCUAGAAGUCCCCUUUUCAUUGCACUGAGUCGCUCAUGAGGGUAGGGAGGCGUCCCUGAGCCGACAAAUCCAUCCCUCUACAGGAAGGUGGACAACUUAGAUGGGGUGGGAGUUACAGGCUCAUCUCAAUCACCUUAUCAAUCUGCGUCUGGUUUGUUUCUUUUUACAUAAGAAUCUGCUAUUUUUAGGAAGAAGAUCUUCUUUUCUUUGCCUGAGAUGCUGUCGAAUUAUGUCACUCCUGUAGUUGCUGCAGCUAAACUAAAGAAGUCCACCGAUAGGUUGAGUUUGACACAUGUUGAGCUCGGUUUGAAUGCUUUCCCAUCGCCAUACUGACUGUUAAAGAACCGUGGACAAGUCCUGAAUGUUUCUAUAGUGCAGCCUCAACGCAAGUUUCCUUUAACACACGGCAACGAUAUAAAACCACUGACCUUAGCUGUAUGUGAUACAAACUUUAGGGUAUUCCGCUUUACGUUUAAUGCAGGGAGUCAUGCUAACAUGUGGCUCGCCGGGAAACAUACACUAAAGUUUUCAUAUGCGGUGCCUUGCAAAAGCAUUCUUUUUCACGUUUUGUUACGUUAAAGUCACAAACUUUAACAGGUUUUAUUGGGAUUUUAUGUUAUGAACCAACACCAAAGUGUAUACGAUGGAAGGAAAAGUUGGAUGGUUUUCAUUUUUUCUAUUAAAUAGCUAAAGUAGGGUGUGUAUUUUUAUUCUAAACCUUUAAGUCAAUAACCGGUACAGCUGUUAUUCCUUUGAGGCUGUUUAUCUGCUAGAUUUUCACAUUUAAAGUGCAUUAUUUACAAAAAGUCUAUUCAAAAAGAACAUGUGCGAACACCAGCCUUCUGUUUGUGCAGAAAAUAAUCAGUUCAAUUUGUCUCAUCUUUGACCAGGUCAUUCUAACAGAAGCCAUUCCAUCAAAGUGGUAAACCUCUAAAUAAGAUUUUAAUAUUCUGCUGUCUCUAACAAUAAUUUCCAGGUGUGCUUUGUGUUUAGCAGUUUUUUCUGACCCUGCUUAAGAAAAGCAUCCCCACUGUGCAGAACUGCCACCAUUGUUUCACUGUAGGGAGGUUGCAUCAACGGUGAUGUCACACAGGAAUUUGAAUGUAGCUUAAAACUGUUUAAAUUGGAUUUGAUCUGUCCGCUGCAUGUUUUAGGGCAAAAUGUUCCCUUAAGUUUUAGUAAAUCUGCAUAUAUUUGUAAAGUUUGCAGUUUUUCUAAACUUCUGAAUAACAGAUUAAGCAAAGCUCUUAAAUGUUUAAAGCUUAAAGUGAUGUUUAUUAUCCAGUACUCAUUUGAAAUUCUCCACUACUUUGAUUGUGAUUUCAUUUCUUGGUCUUUGUGACGAUUAACAGAUGUUGAGUCUUUCACAGAGCAGCUGGAUACAUAUUGAGAUUUAAUCACUUAAACUCUUUAAAGGAGAGUUAGAUUUGACUGAGAUUAAACUUUUUUACAAAAAGGGGCAACAAAUAAUGUGUUUAGAUGUAAACAUCUCAAUAAACUGGUUCUUCAGGCAUGAAUGCAAAAACAUACAUUCCUAUAAUCUUAUUUAGUCCGAUAAAUGGAAACCCAUGGAUUCUUUUCCUUUCAGUUUUUAACUAAACACUACUUAAUGUUCAUCUUAUUAAAGUAUAAUUCAAAGUGAUUUAUAAGCUCAACAUAAAUAUUGAUCAGUUUAGAUUUUUUUUAUUAAGAGAUUAUUAUCAUGAACCUAACUAUGCACAACUUGGUGUUGGUAAAUAACUUAAACUCCACUGAGAUGCAAUGACUAUUGUGAUUUUAAGGUGACAAAAUGUUGAAGGUUUAAAAUAAAUUCUUUUGUGCGGCAUGAUAUAUGAAUGUGUUGUUAAGUCCAGUGCCAGGAGCUUCUUGACAAGAUCUAGGAGCUAAAGGAAAACAAAAAAAAAUGUCUCCUGUUCACCAAAGUUUGGUUUUAUCUUUUUCUCUACCCCUCUACUUCGCCUAAGUGUCCCUCUUCACACAGGAUCUUCAAACUCUAAAACCCUGAAGGAUUGUAAUUUGUAUAUUUCAUUGUUUAUAGUUGAUUCCUUUAUGAUAUCUACUUUUAUCAGUGUUGCUUUAUCAAAAGAGAAAUCCUGUCAUAAUUAUGAUUAUGUUACUAUUAUUUCUACAGUUGCUCAUUGUAAUUGUUUUUCUUUGGUUUGUUUUAAUUUGGGGAAUUAUUCACAACAGAGGAUGUGCUGCAAAAA